AAAACACAAAACUCGUCGGUGAACAAUUUGAACGCGAUUCAGACUUACUAAGUAGUAAUUAGUUUCGCUUGGCUAUAUUUGUUUCUUUUUUAGAAAAAAUAAUUAGGCAUUUUUGUUAGGGUAAUGAAUGUUUCGGAGGAUGUCCCUGUCGUUGAGGUGAACAACGAAAACUUGAGGCAAAUCUGGCCUGGUCUGAUGUUGGCCAUCAAACAUGCCACCUUCAUAGCCCUAGACACCGAAUUGAGUGGGUUGGGAUCAAAAAAGUUGUUGAAUGCCAAAAACAUAGAGGACAGGUACAAAUACAUUUGUGACUCAUCAAUGUCCCGAUCUAUUCUAGCACUUGGAAUUUCUUGUUUCAAAGUUAGUGUGGAAGAUAGUGAGAAAAAUGAAGUUAGGUACACUGUCCAGACAUUCAACAUCCUCACCAUGUGCAUGGAAAAUUUCAUUAUUGAACCAAUCAGUGUCCAGUUUUUGAUUGACCAUGGCUUCGAUUUUAAUAAACAAUUUAAACUUGGUUUGCCUUACUACAGAGGAGAUGGGGAUUCGAAUUCCAAGUCGAAGAACAGUUCAAAAUCCACAGGCAACAAAUCAAAGUUUCCAGCAUCUCAGAUGACGAUACAGCAGAUAAUAAAUGAGAUGAUCAUAAACAAGUCGAAAAUAGUCUUCCACAAUGCCUUGAUAGACCUGGUAUUCAUAUAUGGCAACUUUUUUGGCAAGCUUCCAAAUGACUUUGCCACCUUUGUGACUGAUCUUGACUUGAUCUUCGGUGGUGGACUGUUUGAUACAAAGUUUAUUGCCGAGUUCAAGAGGAAGUUGAGCAUCUCGUUUCUUGAAUAUGUCUUCAAGAGAUGUAAAAAAGAUAACUUCAGAGAGACACAGAACCCAGAAGAGAGUACAAAAUGUCUGUCUAUCAAUUUCCUAAGCUAUCCUGAGCUCGUUCAUAAAAAUGUUGUCUACAUUUCGUGUGAGAAGUCCGAUGCUAGUCCCGGCGAUAAACAAGAAGUCUGUUUUGGAUUCAAGAAUCAUGGUUGGUGCAUCAAUGGCAACGACUGCUCAAAGUCGCACUGUGUCGACAGGAUACUGGACGAGGAGGACCUGCAGCAUCUCAACCCCCAUCACCACAACUGCAGCACUUCCAGGAAAAGCAAGAAAAGGAAAAAGUGUAAAUCAGUCAGACAAAAUGAUAAUGGUGAUUGUCACGAUGGUGAUGAUGGUUCCGGUGUGGGUAAACAUAACGGGGCAUUGAACUCCUCCAAUGGUAAUGAGUUGGUGACGAAACUGCUCCAUCAGAAUUUAGCAGUUAUUGAGAGGGCGUCUCCCUCAUUAUCACCAUCAUCAUCAGCAUUACCUCCAUCAUCAUUAUCAUCAUCAUUAAGACAGCCAUCAUCAUCAGCACCAUCGUCAUCAGCACCUUCCCCUGGCGUUCAUAGGGCUGGUUUUGACGCUUUCAUGACUGGCUACAUCUUCGCCACUUUCAUAAACGUUGACGCUAACGACAGCAAUAACAUCAACAGCAGCUGCAAUAACAACAGAACAAACGCUGAUUGUAACAACAGCAACACUCACGUUAGUGACGUAACAAAUGACGUCACCAAUAACAAUAACAAUCAUAAUGGUCAGUGCUUCCUGAAUAUCCCCGACGAUUAUGCCAAUAAAAUUUAUCUGGCCGGUAAAAACUUUGCCCUGCAGAUAUCAAGGAGUAACUUCACCAAGCCUUCUAAAUAUAGUCAAGACAAGUUGGCUGAGUUAAACGGGAUUGUGUAAUUAUAUAUUUUUGUGUUUGUGUGUGUGCGUGUUUGUAAGUCUUCACCACAAUAGGUGAUUGUGUGUUUGUAUGUUCCGUAUUAUUCAACAAAAUGAUGGCUGUGAUUUUGACGGAUAUGACGUUGAUAUGAUGAGUGAUAACGCUUAACUUAAUGAUUAACUAAUUAAUGAUGAUGACGUUGUUGGUGGUUGUGGGGAUGUUGAUGGCGAUGGCAAUGAUGAUGUUUAAUAAAAUCCAAGAAACUGCGUUUUGUUCUUUCAAGAAAUGUAUCACUAAUUUUUAAGUUCAAUGUUUAUGUCCUUUUUCAAAAAAAAAAUUUCAUUUUAACGAAUUUUUGUGUAAUAAAUAAUUUUAAAAUAUAAACUACUAAAAAUAUGUGCGAACGUUGACUUUUUGCUGAAAAAUAAUGAC